AGCAGGAGUUUUGGAUCGAGACCCAAUUCGAGGCCUACCUCCCGGCCAACAUCGCGACCUCCGCCACACCGACGGCCAAGCGCAGCAUCGGCAGACUUGCCCUCUGACUCGGGAUCAGGCCCUACGAAACAAAAAAUAGGACAUAGUGAGAGCGCCAAACCUGAUACGGACGGUAGGACCGGUGAGAAGGACGGAGAGGCUAAUGGGACAUCUGAUCCUGAAACCAUACCACGGCCACGACCGUCCCUGGGCGAUGAGGUUCAGACGGAUGACAGUGCACAACCGGACAGUACUGGGAAGCCGGAAGAAGCCGAAGGCAGCACGCCUGUGGAAACGGGUGAGAGUUGGGAGAAACCGGUGGACAGGGGAGAUGAGCCUAAGGUGGAAACAGAUAGGAGUGGGAAGAGUCCAGGGGACAGGGGAGAUGAACCCAAGGAUGCGGCGCCAGAUGCCACGUGGUCGAGUGUGGUCAGAGACGGGCCGUCCGCAGGCGAGGAAGUAGAGGAGAGCGUACCAGACACACCAGCCCCCACAGAGCAACACGCACCGUAUCAGGCGGAAAUACCUGACGUCGCAAACUUAGAGGCGGCGCAAUUGGCCAUAGUCAAAGCAAGACAGGCCUUGGCUGGAGGUGACAGGGUGAGUGAUUCAUAA